CUUGUGGCACAACUACCAACACCUACACCUCUUCAUCGACAACAACGGGAAGAAAGUAUUUUUCCACACUCACCAGAUUUAUCACCUAAUUGCGUUUUUUUCUUUCCCCCCGUUUUUUGUUCAUUUGCUUUUUCAGUCAAGAGGCCUUUAGGCUAAGAACAAAAAAUACAAGAUGAUCGCUCUCUUUUCCUUUGCAUUGGUGGUCUGUGCAAGCAGUCUACAUGCCGAAGCACAAGAUGGUGGAUCAAGAACCAAGGUCUACGCCAACAGAGGUGACAAUAUCACUCUGCCCUGCAGACUGGAAGGUCAGUCCAGUUUGUUCGGGAACAGAAUCAAGUGGGCCAAACUUGAGGAUGACUCUUCAGAAACCAAUGUGCUCAUCUCCAUGGGGGCCCACAAGAAGACCUAUGGAAAUUUCCAGAACCGCGUUUACCUGUUGGAGGUGGAUGACAAUGAUGCUACCUUGGUUAUUACAGACCUAGAUCUUAACGACUAUGGCACAUACAGGUGUGAGAUCAUCAACGGCAUGAAUGACAAGAUUGUUGAAGUGGACCUUGAAUUGCAAGGGAAAGAUUCACUUUCUUUCACAGGGGUUGUUUUCCCAUACUCCCCUCGUCUGGGGCGGUACAACCUCAACUUCCAAGAUGCUGAGACCGCAUGUCUGGAGCAGGACGCUGUGGUCGCCUCCUUCGAGCAGCUCUAUGGGGAAUGGAGAAAUGGGAUGGAUUGGUGCAAUGCUGGCUGGCUCAAUGACGGAACCGUGAAGUACCCCAUCACCAAACCCAGAGAGCCCUGCGGAGGCGUGAGGACUUCAGCCGGACUGAGAAACUAUGGCCGACAGGACAAGUCCAACAGCCGUUAUGACGUGUUCUGCUUCACAGCCAGCCUUAAAGGACGCUUUUACUAUCUGAUCCAGCCCAAAAAGCUGAACUUUGAUGAGGCCGUUAACACGUGUAAGAGAGAUGGAGCUGAGAUCGCAAAGGUGGGCCAUAUAUAUGCUGCCUGGAAGCUGCAGGGGUAUGACCGCUGUGAUGCCGGUUGGCUGGCUGACGGUAGCGUUCGUUAUCCGAUCUCCAGGCCUAGGAAGAACUGCAGUCCCACAGAGGCUGCGGUUCGCUUUGUUGGCUUCCCCGACAAAAAGCAGAAGCUGUACGGUGUCUACUGCUACAAACCUCAGCCGUGAAGCUCUUCACGUCACAUCACCAGCCAAAGAGCAGCAAUACACAGGUUUCCACUUCCACACUUAUGAAGGACUUUUUGCAUGAACUAGCCAUAACUGUGACAAUUAUAGAGAGGAUACUAUAAAGACCAUACAUUCUCAAUAUUAACGUAAACAGUUAUUUUAUCUACCAUAUACAUUUUAUAUAGAUUGUACACCACAUGUAUGCACAACAAAUUGCAUUCAGAAAGGAUAUUCAGCUGGAAGGAAAUUUGAAGUCAUAGCAUUUUGAUCAAAUCCGCUUUUAGUAGGUUAAGUGUGAGUUUGUCAAAAAUCUCCAUUGUGAUAUUGCAAUAAAAUAUUUAAAUAUUACUAAAUAGUAUAAACUUGACAGAAAGUUUUUGAAACUUGCCCAAACAGAAAAGCAAAGGCAUCGUAAAUGGACCUGACACCUUUCUUUUUCUAAAACUUUUCAAAUGCUAAUUUCUUUAAAACUAUUUUUCUUGUGUUGGUGUAUUAUUCAAUGUUCUGAACUGUGAUCUUAUUUUAUCUGUUGAAAUAUAAAAUGAAUGUGUUUGGCCUGUUGUGUUACAAGGCUUUAUAUUCAUAACUAAUUAUAUUGUUUCAUUGUAACACUCAUUCCUCAUUUCUACUCUUUGUUUGAAAUAUUGUGAUGUAUUUUCUUACCUAUCUAAUCAUGAGAAGCUUGUUAUUUUUCAGUUCUUAUCUUUGAUGGCCUUGAAGUUUUUAAAAACUGUUUAAAUGUAUUUGUCCCUGCAUAGAUUUUGACAAGUAUUUCAUCACAAACAGUAACAGAAUUUGACA